CGUACUUGUUCGUCUAAAAUGGCGUCGACGAGGUGACGCAUUAGCCAAAACAUACAACAUAAGUGACGAACUCAAAACAACGAGUUAACCAGAAAGUUUUUGCUAUUUGCAAAGGAACUUCAGCCGACGUGAUAUUUAUUCUUUCCACUAAGAUUUUAUCCAAGGUUCAGUCAUGACUGAGCAGGCCACCGUAAGCACAGAGGGCAUCGUGGGCCUGGAUGAGCCUAAGAAGAUGACCAGGGAGGACUGGAGGAAGAAGAAGGAGCUGGAGGAGCAGAGGAAGCUGGGAAACGCUCCAGCUGAGGUGGAUGAAGAGGGAAAAGACAUCAAUCCUCACAUCCCACAGUAUAUUUCAUCAGUGCCAUGGUACAUAGACCCAUCUAAAAGGCCCACACUGAAACAUCAACGACCACAGGAAGAAGAAGAGGGUCAAUAUUCAACCAUUGGAGAGUGGUAUAAGAGAGGAGUACAAGAGAAUUCUGUGUCCACUAAAUUUCGUAAGGGAGCUUGUGAAAACUGUGGUGCUUUGACCCACAAGAAGAAGGACUGCUUAGAGAGGCCCAGGAAAGUUGGGGCCAGGUUCACAGGCACAAGCAUAGCUCCAGAUGAACACUGUCAGAUCCAGCUUGACCUAGACUACGAUGGGAAGCGAGAUCGCUGGAAUGGGUAUGACCCAGAGGAACACCAGCGGAUUGUAGAGGAGUACGCCAAAGUUGACUUGGCCAAGAGGACUCUGAAAGCCCAGAAACUUCAGGAUGAGUUGGCCUCUGGUAAACUUGACAAAACUGAGUAUGAACAUAACAGUGAGGAUGAGGAUGAAGAUAAAUAUGCAGAUGACAUCGACAUGCCUGGUCAGAACUUUGACUCUAAGAGAAGAAUCACUGUCAGGAAUCUACGUAUCCGAGAAGACACAGCCAAAUACCUGAGGAAUCUGGAUCCAAACUCUGCCUACUACGAUCCAAAGACCCGAGCUAUGAGAGAGAACCCAUACUACAACACUGGCAUGAACCCUGAUGAAGUGGGGUAUGCUGGAGACAACUUUGUUCGCUAUUCUGGAGCCACAAUCACCAUGGCUCAAACACAGUUGUUUGCCUGGGAGGCCUAUGAGAGAGGCUCAGAGGUGCAUCUGCAGGCGGACCCCACCAAGCUGGAGCUGCUCCAUCGUUCCUUCAAAGUCAAGAAGGAGGACUUUAAAGACGAGCAGAGGGAGAGCAUUUUAGAGAAGUAUGGAGGUCAAGAACACUUAAAUGCUCCACCACGGGAGCUGCUGUUGGCCCAGACUGAGGACUACGUUGAAUAUUCUCGUCACGGUGCGGUGCUUAAGGGACUUGAGAAGGCUGUCGCUCGCUCCAAGUAUGAGGAGGACGUGCUCAACAACAACCACACUUGUAUCUGGGGCUCUUACUGGAAGGAUGGGCUCUGGGGAUACAAGUGCUGUCAUUCCAUGGUCAAACAGAGUUACUGCACAGGAGAGACUGGAGUUACAAUAAACAACACAGACUGUGUACCAUUUGAAGAAGGACUCGUUGAGCCACAGGAGGAGGAAGAGCCUAAGUCUCUGCUUGAGAUGCAUCGUGAUAAGCUGAAAGAGAAGAAGAAGAAAAAGAAGAGCAAGAAGAACAAAAAGCGUGACUCUGACAACAGUGAUUCGGAGGACGAAGAGAAGAAGAAAGAGAAGUUGAAGAAGGCCCUUGAAGCAGAGGACAAAUGGGUAAAGCAUGUAGAAGAAAUCAUGCAGUUGGAAGAAAGGAAACGGCCAUACAACAGCCUGCAGGAAGUAAAGGCGCCCACUGAGGAAGAGAUGGAGGCUUUCCGCAUGAAACGCUGCAGAGCAGAUGAUCCCAUGGCUUCCUUCCUGGGAAAGUAACCACCGUAACUCUCCUGACAGACAAAACCAGAGCAGUUGCUCUGUGAGAAAAGUUCUUGGACUCCUUUAAACUGUCAUCUUGUACAUUUAGAUCAGGAACUUGCUGCAAAAUGAUACAGAAAAAAAACAUUUUGUUUGGUAUUGUUUUUCUUUUUCCGGCGCCACCAGUUGACACAGCAGAGGACAGAAUGAUGUAUUCAGUUUGUACUGAUCCAGUCCCACAUUAAAAAAAUGAAAAUAUCCCUUCCAUGCAUUUUAACUAUUGGGCACAUUUUGAUUCUAAGCAGAGCUGCUUAAUGCUGUCUUAAUAGUAGUUUCAGGAAGUACUUUUACUGGAACUAAGGCAUUUUGUAAAUAAAAUGUGUUUGUCUGAA